AGGGUUGAACCCUUUCUUCUUCUUCUUUACACUACCUCUGGCGCGACUUCCUCUUUGGCGGAGAAAGAAUCGAAGUAGAAGGUCGACCCCAGAUAAAGCUCUUGAAUCUCUUCGAAGGCUCAACAAACUGCUCCAAUCUCUCUCCAUCAAGCAAACAGAUUAACCCUCCUCCUAAGAUUAAGGUUGAUUUGAAUUGUUGCUAAGAUGAAGAAGAAUAUCCAGCCAGACAGAGGUUCAAGAAGAACAAGUGACAUGGGUCUCAAUGACCAAUCUAUGGACAUAAAAUCUAUCAUGAAAGAUGUUGAGUUCUUGGCUUCCUCACAUAUGACAUGGAAACAGAGGAAGGAUCUGGAGAAUAGGAAAGUUGUAGCACUCGGUGGAAAGCCUGUCAAGCAACAUAGGUUGCCACUUAGUAUUGCAAGAGUUGCAAUGAAGAAACAGAAGGAAAGAGAUCAGAAAAUGCAACAAGAGAAUCUAAUACUUGGACGAUUUGGAGCGAAUAAUGGAAAUGGGUCUAGGAAAGUUCAAGAUAAGCGAAAGUCUGGAGGAGACAAAGGUCUGAGAUCAACAACACAAGGUCAUUUCAGGAAUGGUAUUCUAGACGUGAAGCACAUGAUAAACCAACCUACUGCUCCAAGAGAAAAUGACCAAAACCCAGGUCCACUCAGGAAAGGAAAGACAAACAAUGGCAACAAUAAGAAGAACAAAGGCAAGAAAAAGGGCGGCGGUGGCAAAAAACGCCGUUAAUCUUUAGUCAUUUACCAAGAUUGAAAAUUUUGGGGUUUCAAAUUUUGAAUUAUGGAACCUAUAAUUCUCUUUUUUAUAAUAUGUCAGAUUAUAUCAAGUUUUCUUAUGUUGUUUUUGUUGGGCUAGAGUGUUAUUAAUCUUUAAUUAAGAUGCUAUGAUAUCAAA